GUUUCUGUUUUGUUUUUAUUGCAUUGAGUGGGCGACCUCUCUCUCUCUCCCUCUGUGUGUGUGUUUUGCUUUACGGGAGCAAUGAGAGUGUGUGUGCGCUGGUCGUCCCACGCUUCGGCUUUUUGUUUUGUUUUCCUUUUUGA